AUGGCUGUCGCUGGCAAUGACCCCGAUGCUGUGUUCGAUGAGAAACGCGAAGUGAAGCCACACGACCAGGAGGCCGUUGGCACACGAGCUGUCGCCUUUCCCGACGAGGAGGCGGGCGCUGUCUACGAGGAAAAGGUUAUCUACGGACAUGGCCGUCCGAGAGGAGUGGAGAUGCAUCGCGAGAUGACCAAAGAAGAUAAGGAGCUCGCUGCGGCCGGCUACGAGCAUCUCGACGAGGAGAAGGCCAAGGGCAAAAAGGGCGCAGAGGCCGGGGAGACGGACAAGGUCGACAUCCACGAGCACAAGUUGACAGUCAAGGAACUCGGCCCUGAGCUGGCGACGUCGUUCGACGCCAAGGAUCCCGGCCUUUCAUUAGGUUUGACCGCGGACGAGGCAAAAUCAAGGCUUGCCCGCGAUGGUCCUAACGUCCUCUCCCCUCCCAAGAAGAAAUCUGCGUUGAGAAAGUACAUUGAAUUACUCAUGACAAUGUUCAACAUUCUGUUGAUCAUUGCAGGCAUCCUCGAGUACAUUUUGCUGGGUAUAGAUUUCAAGGACAACUUCGCCAACACUUACUUGGGUGGUAUCCUCAUUGCCGUAGCUUUCCUCAACGCCUUCAUCGAGUUCUUCCAAAUCCAGAAGUCCGAGGCCAUUCUCGCAUCGUUCUUGGCCAUGAUCCCUCCCAGUUGCCGCGUAGUCCGUGAUGGAAGCAUCCAAAACGUUCCCGCCGCAGACUUGGUGAAGGGGGACAUCGUUUUAAUUCGCACUGGCGACAAGACGCCUGCCGAUCUUAUCAUCUUUGCGUCUACUGACAUGAAGGUCGACAACAGUAGCUUGACAGGAGAAUCUGAAGCCCAAGAACGUUUUGCACUACCUGAGGGCAGCAAAGCGAGACCUGUAGAGGCGGAGAAUCUGGUUUUCAACUCCUGUCUGGUCGUCAACGGCGAAGGCUGGGGAGUUGUUGUCCGAACUGGUGACCACACGUUCAUCGGUCAAAUCGCAGCUCUUACCGGCGGAGAGUCCGGAAACAAGAGCCCGCUUUCCGUCGAAAUCGGCCGCUUCGUCAUCAUGGUCUCGUCCAUCGCCGUCGUAUUCGCCGUGAUAUUUUUCGUCGUCGGUAUCACGACCGCUUACAAAGGCAAGGGCGCGCAAACCGUCACGUUCGCUGUCUCCAUCCUUGUUGCCUUCGUGCCCGAAGGUCUGCCUUCUACCGUCACUCUUUUGUUGUCAAUCGCUGCCAAGCGAAUGGCCGCGCAGAACGUCCUCGUUAAGGACCUGCAAGGUGUCGAAACACUUGGCUCUCUCACUCUGCUUGCCACGGACAAGACUGGUACUUUGACGAGGAAUCAAAUGACGGUCACGAACUUGUGGAGCGGAGAACGCAUGUACACUGCCUUCCAGUCGAACAAUGACUCCGAAUCGACGGAAGUAUUUUCGAUGAAAGCUCCGGGUAUGACGGAGAUGGUCCACAUCGCUGCUUUGAACUCUCGCGUCAAGUUCGACAAAACAGACAUACCCUUCGACAAGCGCGAAAUUCUCGGUGACGCCACCGAGACCGGUCUCACUCGUUUCGCUGGCCGUCAAGUUGAUUAUGAUGCGCUGCAAAAGGCUCACCCCAAGGUCUUCGAGAUUCCGUUCAACUCGUCCAACAAGUGGGCAUUGGUUAUCCUCGACAAGCCGCAUUCGACUGGAAACCUUACGCUCUACAUCAAGGGCGCCCCUGAGCGUGUACUUGCAAAGUGCUCCACCUACAUGAAAGACGGAAAUAUUGAACCCAUCACGGACGCGUUCAAGGAUGCCUAUGACGAGGCCUACAACUACAUGGCAUCAAGAGGCCAUCGUGUCAUCGCCUGCGCCCAGAAGCUGCUGCCCUCGGAUCAAUACGACGCGUCUUAUGCCUUCAGCAAGAACGACGGCAACUACCCCAGUACGGAAUACUCCUUCUGCGGCCUGAUUUCUCUCGAGGAUCCGCCCAAGCACGGUGUCCGCGAGGCCAUCGGCACCCUUCGUCUCGCUGGUAUCAAGGUCAUGAUGGUAACUGGUGAUCAUCCCAAGACUGCGGAAGCCAUCGCACGCAAGAUCAACCUCAUCAUUGGGGACACCAAGGAAACCCUCAGCGCGAAAACUGGCCGUCCGGUUGAAGCAAUAUACGAAGAUGAGGUCGACGCUGUCGUGGUCCAUGGAGAUGAUAUCGAUGGCCUUCAGGGAUGGCAAUGGGAUCAGAUCUUCGCCAAGAAGGAAAUCGUGUUUGCUCGUACUUCACCGCAGCAUAAGCUCGAAAUCGUCAAGCAUGCUCAGGCCCUCGGCCAUAUUGUUGGAGUUACUGGGGACGGUGUCAACGAUUCGCCUGCACUCAAGAAGGCCGAUCUCGGUAUUGCGAUGAACGUUUCUGGCUCUGACGUGUCCAAGGAAGCCGCAAAUAUGAUUCUCCUGGACGACAACUUCGCCUCGACCGUCAAGGGUGUUGCAGAAGGUCGCCAGAUCUUCGUCAACCUGAAGCGCUCAAUCCAGUACACGAUCUCUCACAGUACUCCAGAGGUCAUUCCGCAGUUACUUUAUGUCGUUGUACCGAUCCCCCUUCCACUUUCGGCUAUCUUGAUUUUGGUUAUCGAUCUUGGUUUCGAGUUGUUUGUCGCUCUUUCAUUCGCUUGGGAUAAGCCUGAAACGAAGGAUGGGUUGAUGCGCAUGAACCCACGGAAACCAGUCAACGAGAAUUCUAUCAUCACGCUCAAGAAACGCGCGCUCCGUCGGACCAAGACGCUGCACCGUGAUACUGAGACGCAGGACGUCAUCCGCCCAAGCCGGUUAUCUGUACUUCACUCAAAGUUGACCGCACCUUUCACGCGCGGAUUCUGGGAGGAGGUCUUCGAGAAAACGGAUGACGAGCAGCUUGUGGACAACAAGCUGCUCAGUUACUCGUAUCUCGAGGCCGGUGUUAUCGAGAUGCUUGGCGCUCUGGUCGCAUACUUCGUCGUGUUCUACAAGAACGGCUUUACUCCCACAGAUCUGCGCAAUGCCCAGUCCUCCACCACCCACACAUACUUCUUGAAGUCAAGCCCCGACUUCACGAACUCCCGCGGCCAAGUACUUGAUGCCGCACAACAGGUCCAAGGUUAUGGUGAGGCACAGGGCAUCACAUACCUGUCGAUAUUCAUUAUGCAGUGUUUCAACGUCUUCGCCGUCAAAGCUAAGUUCUCGUUCCCCUUCGGCAAGUCUAUCGUCGGAAACUACUACAACUUUGUUGGUAUUCUCGGCGGCGCAUGUCUUGGCAUGUUCAUUAUCUACACACCACCUCUGCACGUGGUCUUCGGCGGGUCGUACCACCUAUCACCGUUGUACUGGCUCAUUCCGGUCGCGUUCGGCGUGCUACUAUUGGCUUGGGCCAGUAUACGCGUGCUAAUAUUGCGGAAGAGCAUCGAGCAAUCGCGUGUCAAGGACAUCAAGGGGUUGAUGAUGUUCCCGACCAUGCGGACGAUGAGUAUGCGUUCGAAGCACUAG